GACGCGGAAAACGAAAGCAUCACUCGCGCAUGAAUCUUCUCAGCAGACUCUCCAUGCACAAUGCUCUCUCUUAGUACGGUCUGCUUUCUAGGAUUGCAGUUAACCAGCCUCUAUGCUCAGCAAGUACCGGUGCCGUUCUUUGCGUUCCUGGAUCCAGAUGCACUGAGAAACGUGUCUCAACUUAUCAGCAGCAAAGGUUACCCCGUGGAAGAGUAUGAGGUGAUAACGAGAGACGGAUUUGUCCUCAACGUACAACGUAUUCCUCAUGGGCGGGACCAGUUUCCUGUCUCACCUGGCAAGCGCAGAGAGGUCGUUUUUCUUCAACAUGGUCUCUUGUCGUCGUCCGCUGAUUGGGUCAUGAACUUUCCGGACGAAAGCCUAGGAUACAUCUUAGCGGACGCUGGCUACGACGUUUGGCUGGGAAAUGUAAGGGGAAACACGUAUUCACACCAUCUUCACUACACGAGGAAGGACAAGGAAUUCUGGGACUUCAGUUUCGACGACAUGAUUGAAUACGAUCUCCCCGCCAUGCUAGACUUCAUCCUCAAGGUGACCGGUGCACCGAAGCUACAAUAUGUUGGCCAUUCUCAGGGAACCCUUAUGCUGUUCGGAUUAUUGUCAGAGCAGCCGCAGUACAAUGAAAAGAUCAAGCUCUUCAGCGCUUUGGGACCGGUGUCGACCGUAACGUACACGAUAUCUCCUAUACGCCUACUUGCUCCGUGGUCUAAGGAUCUCAACUUCUUAUUUACGCUACUUGGAGAGCACGCCUUCUUGCCGAGCAACCGGUUCAUGAAGUUCCUGGCCAACACCAUGUGCAGUUUCAAAAUCUCACGCCUAAUUUGCGAGGAUAUGAUUUUUCUCAUAUGUGGCAUCGACUCCAAAGAAAUGAAUGAGACACGCUUGCCUGUGUACAUAAGCCACACUCCUGCUGGGACAUCGGUUAAGAAUAUGGUUCAUUACGGCCAGAUGAUUGAAGAGAAGUCUUUCAGCAAGUUUGACUAUGGAUGGUACAAGAAUGAACUUGCCUACGGCCAGAUGCACCCUCCAGAAUACAACGUAUCAAGGACAGCUGUUCCCGUGGCGCUGUACUGGAGCCAGAACGACUGGCUCGCUGAUCCUAAGGACGUCCUCCUCUUGAAGAACAAACUUCCAAACGUUGCACUCUACUUCGAGGUUCCAGACAAAGGGUUCACACACUUGGAUUUCGUGAUCGGCAUGCACGCGAACAAGCUCGUCUACCCCGUCGUGCUUAAGACGAUGCGCGACCAUUAGAAAUGUUACCGUUAUAUAAAUGUUGCCGAAAUUCUGGACCGUUUCUUCUAGACUGUUAAAUAAUCUGCAAUGUCCCAGGUUACAGAGAUUUAAAUUAAUCAAUUUUUUUUUUAUCCAGCACAUUGUUAUCAGACCAGAACUAAGAAGGACGUGACUUUUUUUGCUUAAAAAGAAAAAAAGAAAAGAAAGACUAACUGCUCAGACGUUCCAAAUUCGAUUGGAGAUUUCUCGAAAGAAAUACAAAAACAGGAAAGCUAUAGCCGGGAAUUGAAAAGGCCAGCGGUGCGAACACACGGUGGUGAAGCAGAUAAACGAAUUAUAUGACGUAAAAUUCAAAGAGUCUCAUUGAUAAUAAAGUGCACAGCAUUUAACUGUC